AUGGGGUACAAAUAUUACAACUACGACCCGAAUUUCGCGGCAGCAGCCGUUUUCGUCGUUCUCUUCGGCGCCAGUAGCUUGUUUCACCUGGUGCAGCUUUUCAGGAAGAGGACAUGGUAUUUCAUACCAUUCGUCAUUGGGGGUGUCUUCGAGGCAGUUGGGUAUGCGGGAAGAGCGCUGUCGGCCAGAGAGACACCAGACUGGACGAUGAAGCCGUACAUCAUCCAGAGCAUCCUGCUCCUACUGGGGCCAACGUUCUUUGCCGCGUCGAUCUACAUGAUUUUGGGGCGGCUGAUUCGACUCACCAAUGGAGAGGCCCAUUCAAUAGUCCGGGCCACACUCGUCACCAAAAUCUUUCUCGUCGGCGACAUUCUGUCCUUCCUCGCUCAGUCCUCAGGUGGUGGUAUGCUGGCAAAAGCAAAAACGGCAGACGACCAGAAGAGUGGCGAGCGCAUCAUCAUCAUCGGCCUGUUCAUCCAGAUUGCCUUCUUCGGCUUUUUCAUAGUCGUGUCGGCGCUCUUCCACUACCGGAUAUCAUUGUAUCCAACAGCGCGGUCGAGGAACGUGCAGGUGCCUUGGCAGAGGUACCUCUGGAUUCUCUACGUGGCAAGCGGCCUGAUCAUGGUCCGUUCCAUUUACCGUCUUCUCGAAUACAUUCAAGGCAAAGACGGGGUGCUGCAGUCAGAGGAGGCAUACAUUUACGUUCUCGACGCUGCACUGAUGUUCAUCGUCGCUGCGCUCUUCAACGUCUUCCACCCCAGCCAGAUCAUCAACAAGGAGAGCAUGGCCGCGGGAGUGUACGACGUGGAGAUGGAGGCCACUGAGAACCUGGCAGGAGGCAGGAAGCGGGGCGAGUACGAAAACAUACAUCUUGCAGCGUAA